AUGGCCGCCGUCAACGUGCUCGUAUCGCCGGACCUUCUCGGUGGCAUCCUUGCCUACCAAGACGGACUACCAUUAGCCCUCUUGGACCUUUGCCGUCUUGUCGAUACCAUUCGACUCGUGCCGAGCAGUCGCCUCGCCCAUAAAUCGCCCAACAGCGUCCUCACCAACGUACCAGCUCGCUUUGCACGCUUGCCGUACUUGUCUCUCUACCCACAGCCCACGACGACGCUCGCGACUGACGCUCUAUUUGUGGCGCCUCACGUCAUCGACCCGGCGCUGCCGCUGCACCUCUCGGUAGUCGAAGGCAGCCUCUCGCACGUGCGUCAGUGGCUCGCAUCGGCACCGCACUUGUGCACGUCCGGUACGCUCGAGCUCGCGGCCGCAGCGUCCCAAGAGCCCGUGUUGCGGCUUUUGCUUCGCAGCUUUCCCCAUUUACGGACUCACAAGGUCAUGGACCUUGUGGCCAUGUCGGGCGAUCUGCCACUGUUACGAUACCUCGACGAGCGCGGCGCCGCCUGCUCGACUGCCGCCAUGAACGGCGCUGCCAUGCACGGUCAUCUCGAAGUCGUUCGGUUUCUUCACGCUGCCCGAAGCGAAGGAUGUACGGCGGCGGCAGCGACGGCAGCUCUCGUGCACGGCCACGCCGACGUGCUUCAAUUCCUGCUUGCGCAUCGCACGGAAGGUGUCAACCCGGAUUUGACGUACUCGGUCCCGUUCCACGGGCGUGUCCGUACUCGCCGUGUGGUCGGCACGGAGUUUCUAGUGGCGGUUCAGUUAGCGACAGCCAUCCCGCCCCACCGCGCUGGUGAAGAGACGGGAUCGCAGCUUGCGGUCCCCAUCAAGGUUCACGUCUCCCAGCCGAUAUUAAACAUGGCGAUCGCGCGCCAAGAUGCGGCGGUGCUUUGCUUUGCGCUGGAUGCGCUCGAAGAUGUGGCAUGGCUCCCACAGGACGAUGUGCCCGGCGUCGACGAGUGCGACCGCUGGAAGGCCUCGCUCGACCUCGCAGCGUUUUACGGGGACCUGUUCACGGUACAGCGCCUUUACAAACGAAGUCGGGCGUCCGAGCGCGCUAUGGUCUACGCUAGCUACCGUGGACAUCUGCACGUGCUUGAGUGUCUAGCCGAGCAAAAGUGCUUGAAUGAUGCGUGGCCGCAAGAUGCGCUAGUUCUCGCGGCGGCGCAAGGACACUUGCAUAUCGUCCAAUGGCUCGUCACGCACGGAUAUGGCCUCGGCAGUUGCGACGCCGCACUGACGACGGCGGCCUACCGUGGCGACGUGGCGCUUGUUACCUGUCUGGCACCACUGGUACCUCCGUCAGACGACAAGGACGCACCGCUCGCGUAUGUCACCACGUCGCUUCCGCCGCACGAUGACCGUCUCGACAAGCGCGGCGACUAUGUCACGGGAUGUGCCGCCGACGCCGCAGCCGCCCAAGGCCACCUGGACGUGGUUCAUCUGCUGCAAACGUUUGGUCAUGCAGUCUCGCAGCGCGCGCUGCUCUACGCGAUCGAGAAUGGCCACGGGAGCGUCGUUGAGCACCUCACAAAAAACGACAGGACGUUCCAGUGCGAUGUCAAGACCCUCGUUCGCGCUCUACAGCGUGGCCAGAGACGCGUGGUUGCAUUCGUCCUGAGACAGAGCGACGUGUCUACGCUGCGUCCGACGGAAGAAGACGUAUACCGCUUGUACAUUGCGGCGGCGUCCUCAGGUGACCUUGCGCUGCUGCAAUUGAUUGGCGACACGUACCGUCGACCGAUGACGUCAGCGCUUCCACUGCGCGUGCAAGAACGCAUGCUCGUGAGCGCUGCGACAUAUGGACGCCUGAAUGCGGUCCAGUGGCUUCACGAGAUCUUUGGGUUCGUAGCCGUCGCCAGCCUUCGUGCGGUAGCCGACCGCUUGGGGCACAAGGCGAUGCACCGGUACCUUGCUGUGAUUCAACCCUAG